AUGAGCGGCGUCAACAUGCGCUUUGCAGAGUUGGGUGGCCACCACUGGCACAAGUUUACCGCCUUCGACAACCUGCCCAAGGAUCUCGAGGCGUUCCCGAGGGUCACGUACCGUCUUGCCGGCACGCUCGUCGACCUCGACUACCACGAGACUCGCGAGUCGACCAGGGUCAAGCUUGUCCUCGUCAACUCCAUGGGCACGAACCUGACCAUCGACCUGCACCCGGAAGCCAUCGGAAACGGCUGGUUCAAAGCCAAGCUGCAGGAUAUCCACAUCGAUGGCCUGACGCUGAUCGCCUUUGACCACGAAAGCACCAAGGCCAAGGCCGAGGUCAUCCACGGCAUCCACUACAGGGUGCCUACCGAGAUCAUCUCGUACCCCAAAGGCCAUGUCACCCGCCGUCAGCGUGACACUUUCGAGCUCAUCGAUAGGUGGGCCCCGAUCGUUGGUCCCGUGCAGCAGAAGGUCUGGUGGGAAAAGCUGGUGGGACCCGCCAACUGGUAUCGCAUCAGCGGAGUAACGUGCGUGGAGAGCCGACUCAUCGCCAUGGAAGAGGAGGGCUCCGAGGCCGAGUCGGACUGCAGUGGCGAGAGCAUCGAUGCGCGCGACGACGACACCGACAGCGACGACGGCAGCUACGACGAUUACGAAGAGCACGUCAGCAAGGCGUUGGAGGCCAAGGCCCGUAUCCAGGAUGACGACGAGGAGGACAAGGAAGUCGACCAGUAG